GAGACAGCUUCGGUUACAGUCCCCUUGCCGUCGGGCUAAUGACAUUUAUAAGCGCUUUGUUUUUACAGUAUGCGCUGCAAGUCAUAUUUUUAGUCUUUUUAGUAUCAGUAUUAGUGAAAAAAUUUCUAAAACGUAAUUCCGUAGAUGCUGUAAAUAAACUUCCCGGUCUCAAACUGAGAUCUUACAAUCUUCUUGGACAUUUGGAUGCAAGGAUAAGGUUAAUGCUACGAAGACUGCCCCUGCCAAUUCAUGUUUAUGAUUUCCUUGGAAUGCAUGGUUACAACACUUUGUUUCUAAAAGAAGGUAUAACUCACGCAUGGCAAUUUUACUAUCCAUUUAUUACCGUGUUUAAAGCAGAUUUAGUGGAGGGCAUUUUGAAUCACAGUACAGAGAUAAAGAAAGCCUGGUUCUAUGAUUUCUUGCAUCCAUGGCUUGGAUUUGGUUUGUUAACGAGCCACGGAGAAAAAUGGAGGCACCGAAGAAAACAGCUGACACCAGCUUUUCACUUCAGUAUUUUAAAGGACUUUCAACCAAUCUUCAACAAACAAUCGAAAAUCUUGGCUGAUAUUCUAGAUAAACAUACCCAUGAUGAUUUUAUAGACAUUGUACCUUUCAUUACCCUAUGCAGUCUGGACGUAAUAUGCGAAUCAAUAUUGGGAAAGGAGUUGAACAGCCAAACACAGCCAAGUCAUCCUUAUUCGCAGGCUGUGCAUGGGCUAACUGGUGCAGUAUUUGAAAGAAUGCGUAGUCCAUGGCUCUGGUUUGAUUCUUUGUUUUCUAUUUUACCAUUUGGUAAAAAAUUUGCUAAGAAUAAAAGCAUUUUGCAUGAAUUUACUAAUCAAAUGAUUGCCGAAAAAAAGCAUAAAAAAAUCAGAUUAAAAAAUUCGAAUAGUCCUUUGAAUAUAAACUGUGCCGAUGAUGACAUACAGUAUAAGAGGAAAAAAAGAGCGCUGUUGGAUCUUUUGCUGGAUGAGCUCAUUGACAAUGAUUCAAUAACUGAAGAUGAAAUUAGAGAAGAAGUAGAUACUUUUACAUUUGAGGGCCAUGACACCACGUCUAUGAGCAUGAAUUGGACACUAUAUUUAAUUGGACUCCACCCUUGGAUUCAGGAAAAACUCCACAAUGAAUUGGAUAUGAUUUUUGGAGAAGAAGAUCGGGACCCCACUGACGAGGAUCUGAAAAAUAUGAAAUAUUUGGAAUGCGUUAUUAAGGAAGCUUUAAGGCUAUAUCCAUCAGUACCCGCUUAUGGGCGAGAAGUGACAGAAGAUCUAGAUUGCAACGGUUUCAUUAUACCGAAAGGUUCAACUUGCUUGGUGAAUGCUUAUAUAUUGCAUAGAGAUUCAGAAUAUUUCCCAAAUCCAGAGAAGUUUGAUCCGGAGAGGUUUUCUUCUGAAAAUAUUACUGGGAGGCACCCGUUUGCAUACGUGCCAUUUUCUGCCGGACCACGAAACUGCAUUGGUCAAAAAUUUGCUCUUAUGGAAGAGAAAACCAUUCUUUCUACCAUACUGAGAAGAUUCAAAGUGAGAUCUUUAGAUGCAAGAGACCAAGUCCAUCUUAUAAAUGAACUCGUUCUUCGUCCAUAUAAAGGAUUGAGGAUACAAAUUAGACAGAGGCAUCAGGAUUUCGACUUCCACUUAAUAUAUUAUCGAGCAUAAAAUUGUUAUAUCAAUGAAAUUAUUUCAUUUUAUUUAACAAAAUAAACGAGAACAUUGCAGUA